GCCGGUGCUGUGUUUGGCCAAGGCCCUUGACAUCAGCCCGUCUCGCGGGGCAAAUCCAGUUCAGGCCCUUGCUGCAGGGCUUGCGGAUGAGCUUCGGACGAACAACGACUGGAGUAAGUCCGAACCCCAGGCUCUAGCCCUCGCUGAGGCCCUGGAAGGAGCUGACGAGGCCAGCUUGGGCUACCGGGUCUCCUACGAGAUUCUCGAGGCCAUGCAAGGCCAAUCGUGGCUGGACCCCAUCACCGCCGCGGCUUUCCUGGACGACCUCACGCGGCCCAAGGGCACAAGCGAUGCCAAGAGCCCGUUGUGUUUGUUA